AUGAGGGCUUCUGCUUGGUGUUCUAAUAUAGCUACUACUUUUAUGGGUACUCCUCUGCAGAGGUUUCAUUCAACUAAGAGAAAAUUAGUUAAGGUUAGAGGAAAGAUAUUUGCCGCCGCUGCUGUUCCAGUUGCAACGGCUCCAGUUGUGGAAGUUAAAAAAUAUGUACUUCCGACAUGGGCUGAAUUCGAUCUUGGAAGAGCUCCAGUCUACUGGAAAACUAUGAAUGAUUACGGAAUUGCUUUUAAUGGAGGUUUCAACCAGCCCAUCAUGUGUGGUGGUGAGCCGAGGGUGAUGCUGAAUAAAGUUCGAGGGAAAGCUGAUCCUCGUAUUUACACAAUCCAAAUUUGUAUCCCAAAACAUGCUGUAAGAUUGAUAUUCUCAUUCACAAAUGGUACUAAUUGUGAUGGUCCAUAUAGACUGCAAUUUCAAGUUCCAAGAGCUUGGCGAAAUAAAACAAUGGAUUUCUUCACCGUGGAGUUGAGUAAAGAAGGUGCAUGUGAAAGAGCUAUUUUCCCGGACACUAGUAUCAUCGCCACAAGAUGUGCCAUAAUCGGUGACCGCUGCAAUCUUGAUCUUGUACCUGGAUGCACCGAUCCCAGCUCACCCAUGUAUAAUCUUCUAUCCAAUGUGGAUGAUGGCUCUUGCCCUCCUUGCUGGUAUAUUUUGUUCCUAUAA